GACGGCGGCGGGAACCGGCGGCGCUGCGGGUCAGCGGUCGCGGCGGACCCGGCGGGCUCGGCAGCCUGGGGCGCCCGGUCUUGCUGAGCCGCGGUCCCCGGUGCGGGCAGCAGCCAGCAGAGUCGCGCGAGAAGCAAAUGAAGAUAAAAUGAUGUCUGCCAACCUAAAGUACUUUUCUUUGGGAAUUUUGGUCUUUCAGACUACCAGUUUGGUACUAACAAUGCGUUAUUCUAGGACUCUAAAAGAGGAGGGACCUCGUUAUCUAUCUUCUACUGCAGUGGUUCUUGCUGAGCUUUUGAAGAUAACUGCCUGCCUUUUGUUAGUCUACAAGGAUGGUAAAUGUAGUCUAAGAGCACUGAAUCGAGUACUACAUGAUGAAAUUCUUAAUAAGCCUAUGGAAACACUUAAGCUUGCUAUUCCAUCAGGGAUAUAUACUCUUCAGAAUAAUUUACUCUAUGUGGCAUUGUCAAAUCUAGAUGCAGCUACCUAUCAGGUCACAUAUCAAUUGAAAAUUCUUACAACGGCAUUGUUUUCUGUGUCUAUGCUUAGUAAAAAGUUAGGUGUGUACCAGUGGCUGUCCCUAGUAAUUUUGAUGACAGGAGUUGCUUGUGUGCAGUGGCCCUCAGAAUCCCAAGAGCUUGAGUCUAAAGAACUCUCUGCUGGUUCUCAAUUUGUGGGCCUCAUGGCAGUUCUCACAGCCUGUUUUUCAAGUGGCUUUGCUGGAGUUUAUUUUGAGAAAAUCUUAAAAGAAACAAAACAAUCAGUAUGGAUAAGAAAUAUUCAGCUGGGUUUCUUUGGGAGUAUAUUUGGAUUGAUGGGUGUAUAUGUGUAUGACGGAGAAUUGGUAUCAAAGAAUGGAUUUUUUCAGGGAUAUAACCAGCUGACCUGGAUAGUUGUUGUUCUUCAGGCACUUGGAGGCCUUGUUGUAGCAGCUGUGAUUAAGUAUGCGGAUAAUAUUUUAAAAGGAUUUGCAACCUCUUUGUCCAUAAUAUUAUCAACACUGAUAUCUUAUUUUUGGCUACAGGAUUUUGUGCCAACCAGUGUCUUUUUCCUUGGAGCCAUCCUUGUAAUAACAGCUACUUUUUUAUACGGUUACGAUCCCAAGCCUUCAGGAAAUCCUACUAAGGCAUAGUCAUGUACUGUCUUUUACUGGUUUUUGUGAUGGUGCACUAGGAAUCUCAACAUGAAUCUUCCAUGAAGAACAUCUGCAGAUUUUCUGAAGAUACUACCAUCCUGAAUCUGAUCAUAGUGUUCAAAGGUCUGAAAACUAUACAUGCUUAAGCAUAAAGCAUGUACUGCAUAUGUAACAAAACACAUUACAUCUAGGAUUCAAAACUUGAAAGUAUUUCCAGGAAUUAAAAUUAGAAGAAAUAUUGGAGGAAACUUGAAAUCUGAGUUUAAAAAGAAUCUACCUUUCUGAUUGCUGCAGAAAUGUCCUAUGCAUUCUUUGUAAGAGCACACAAAUGUCAGAUACAAAUUUUUGCAAAUUAGAUGUAUUUACUCUUAUUAAAUGUUUUUAUCUUACUUUCUGUAAAAAUAUAUCAUCACAUGGGAUAUUAAAAAUUUGAAAAUCAUAAUUACCUAUAAAACUGUGAAAACAACUAUGGUUUGAAAAACAUUUUCACAUAUCUGAGAUUUUUAUAUUUAUACAAAAGAUUAUUCAGUUUAGGAUUGUUAAAUAUUGUUUGUUUAAUUAUGUAAAAUUUGAUAAAAUAAUAUUCUGGGUCUUGUUUGUCAGAAUAAAAUUCAUAUUUAAAUUUAGUAGAGCGACAUUGGUUUCUCAACAUAUAUCCAAAGACCUUUUAGUACUUUGCAACAGCUAAAAAUAAUCCAGUUGUUCCUUGCUCUAUAGUGGCCGAAGACUUUACAGUAAUGGAAUUUUACCCUUAAUUUCUUACUUAAUUGCAUUUCUUAUCUAUAAUGAGAUAAAACCCUAAUACUACGUUAAGUUUGUAUGUGUUAAUUGCCAUUAAAGUUUUAAAAUUAAUCGAAUUGGGUUAAAUACUCAUGUAUUAAUUUAAAAUAGUCGCUAUUAUCUAGUAUCUCCAUUUGGAAAUACUGAGCAUAUACCAUAUACAACGAGAAAAUUUAUAAACAAAUAUUUUGCUCAUUGAGCUAUAGAAAUUUCUUUUACUCUACAACUAUUUAAAAAAGCCAACUGGGCUGGGGAUUUAGCUCAGCAGCAUAAGCGCCUGCCUUGCAAGCAGGCAGUCGUGAGUUCGAUCCCCGGUACUGAUAAAAACGAAAAAGACAAAAAGCAAAAAACAAAAAUAACAACAACAAAAAACAACUAAACAAAUAGUAGUACUGCUAAGUGUGGAUCAAGAAUAGUCAAGUGUGGUAGUGCAUGCACUUGGGAGUUGAGGCAGGAAGAUUGCUGCAAGUUUGCAGCCAGCCUGGGUUGCAUAGUGAGUUUAAGGACUAAGGACUACACCUCAAGACCUUUUCUCAAAAAAAAAAAAAAAAAAAAGAGGGGACCAAGACCAAAAUUGACUUUUCUUGUUAACAUUCCUUAUUGACAUAUUACAUUGCUAAAUAGCAAUAUGAAAUUUAAAAACUUUUUAAGUCUGGUCAAAAGAACUUUUAGAUCUCUCAUAAGCCUGUUGUCCUCAGUAAUAUGGGGCCCUUGUGAUUGGGAAAGGCAGCUGAAUUCUGGAUUCCCUAUAUUGCCAUAAAGCUGCUGAAAGGGAACCACCAUUUUACUUUAAAAUAGUGGAUUUUUUCUCCUUUUUUAACACUGGAAUUGAGAAUACAAAUCACAUGAAUUAUUUAAUAAGUUGGUUCAAAGGAGAGGGAAUAUAUUAGAAAUAGUAAGAUGAAUUAGUGGGCAAAUGUGCUUUCUAUAAUUGGGAUAUAGGUUUAAUUUAAUUAUGAACUAUAUACAGAAUCACCUAUUGAGUAUAAGAAGUAUUUUAUUUUUUCAUUUAUAUUGUAUAUAUUUUUUAAGACUUCUAAUAAAAAGACUAAAAAUAAAUAUUUUUAUAUAGUUCUAAUGGAUUUUGUUAAGUAGAAUUUGACUCAAAAACACUGCUGUUGGGGGCUAGGAGUAUGGCUCAGUGGCACAGCUUCUGCUUGGCAAGUGCAAAGUCUGAAGUUCAAUUCUUGGUAGCACACACACACAGACACAAAUACUGUCACCACAAGCUGUUGGGAACUCUUGGCUAAUUUGGACUGUGCAUUACCUUGAUAAUGCAAACAUAGCCUACAGAUUAUAGGUCUGAUAAACUUCAUCCAGGGUUUUAAACUGCUGAAGAUUACAAGUUAUUUAAAAUCAAUUUGCUGGGGCUGGGGAUUUAGCUCAGCGGCAUAAGUGCCUGCCUUGCAAGCGCACAGUCGUGAGUCCAAUCCCUGGUACCAAAAAUAAAAAUAAAAUCAAUUUGCUGAUGAUAACAAAAGGGCACCAAGCAAAUUUUCUGGAUGCCAGAGUUGAGAUUUUCACUGACUAUGUUUUAGAAUAUUUUGUUUAAUAACUUUACCUCAUUUUGAACAUGGUAUUUUUAAGACUAUAGCAACAUUCAGGCUUACAUCCUAUUUCGUACUAAUUGAAAUUAAAUUUUAUAAGUACACAGAAUUCAAGACUAAAAAUAAAUAUAUUCAGCUCACAUUGAGCUGAAUUGGGGAAAUUAUGUAUUAAUGCCAUGUAUACUCCUUUGUUAAUUUGGUUAUAGUAUUUGCAAUUACUGAACAUUAGGUAUGUUAAAGUGAUAACAUUUUCAGGUGUCCAAUUUUCAAGAUUCCAAAUUAGGAUUAUAAAAAUAUAAUUAAGAAUUGCAAAAAUGGGCAAAAUAAUCUAAAGUUUAUUUUCAAAGCAGAUUUUCAGGGGCUGGGGGUUUAGCUCAGCGGCAUAAGCACCUGCCUUGCAAGCAGGCGGUCGUGAGUUCGAUCCCCGGUACCGAUAAAAAUGAAAAAGACAAAAAAAGAAACAAAACAAAACAGAUUUUCAUUAGGUAUAAUUUAUAUUUUACUUUUUUAGUAGGUUUGAAAUUGUUCCUGGGCUACAUAGAUUCUAAAUUUUAAUUCAUCAGGAGAUUCUCAUGUUUGAGAAGGUAAAUUCAUGUUCUUGGGUCAUACAUAUACAGAUAAUGCCAUUUUAUGUAAGUGGUUUGUGUUUUGAUGGCCUUCAAAGGUCUUAUUAUAUCAAGGUUUUGUAACAGGGACAUUUUGAUUCUUUACAUUUCCAUGCUUUUAAGACUGAAUUUGUUACCUCUUAACUACUUUGUUCAAUGAGAAGAGUGCCAGUUGAUAAAUUCUAUUAAAACUUACGAAUAUGGUAAUGUAAGGUUUGAAAUAUAGCAGAUAGAUGUUUCAAGACAUAAUAGUAUUGAUUCUUUAAUAAGUGAUUUUAGAGAAAUUGUAAGCUACUUAUAUAUGGAUUGUAUAGUUUAGAGAUGCAAAAUUUAAAUGUUUACAUCAGUUUAUUUUGAAUGUCACAAAAUUUUGUAGAAAGUAAAGGCAGUUCAAUAUUUAAACUUGAGUCUAGUAUCAGAAUUUGGAAGGAAACUCAUUGACAUUUUCAUCUGCACACUUAGUAUUAUUGUGAAUUUUUUUAUUGUGAAUGUUUUUACAUAUUGAAUUAUUGAACUUUUAAAAUGUCAUUGUACAGUUUUUUUAAAGAAAAAGUUUAGUAUCACUCAUUUAAACGUUCACUGUAAACAUUUAAUUACUGUGCUCUGUAUGCUUUAUGUAAGAAAAGGUUUAUAAAAGUUACGUACAGUAUAUUGAAAGUCAUCUUAAAAACCUCCAGGAUAUUCAAAAUAGUUGUAGGGCCAAAGAUAGAGCACUUUUAUCAAAAUCUGGUCCUAAGGGGCUGGGGAUUUAGCUCAGCGACAUAAGCGCCUGCCUUGCAAGCAGGCAGUCGUGAGUUCGAUCCCUGGUACCGAUAAAAAGGAAAACGACCAAGAAAAAAAAAAAAUCUGGUCCUAUGUGCCUUGCUUUACCAAAUACCCGACUUUUCUGGAGGACAUUUCGUAAUUCACAAUGUUAGAACACAUCAGCAAAAUUAAUUUCAAGAUUAAUUAGAGUCAGGGAUAUAGCUCGGUGGCACAGCGCCUGCCUUGCAAGUACAAGGUCCUGAGUUCAAUUGCUAGUCCCCCCCCCCAAAAAAAAUGAUUAUAAUUCUUUUGUUUUCUUUUAUGGUUUCAAAAUUUGCUGUUUAAAUCUAUUACCCAAAAAGUGAAAAGGGUAUUCUGUAAAAGCAUUAGUAAAUAGUACUCAUUUAAUUAAUUAUGGCACCUUUGUACUAUCGUUCAACUUUUUAGUUGUAUGUAAUUGUCAUUUCUUUUCUUAUGAUGUAGUUACUGUAAUUUAAAAAAUAUUUUUGAAUGAUUUAGAUCCUGAAUUUGUCUGUGUCUGUAUUGCAUUGUGUAGAAAGAUACUUUUGAAUUUGGGAAUGAGAUUUGUAUAUUUAAAUUUUUUUGUAUAUUUAAAUUUUUAUGGAUAUAAUACAAAGGAAUGUAUAAACUGGUCUUUUGAUAAGUCACUUUUUAAUUAAUAUGUUUCUCUUGUCUUGAUAUCCAUUAUCUAUUUAAUAGAUUAUUGAAAUAUAUUAUUUUUAAAAAUAAUUCUAUAUAGCUUUUUCUUACCUUUUCUUGUUUUCCUUUUUAUUUGUAUCUGUGGCUUACUCAUAUCAAAAUGAAUUGCUGGUCUUUACCUCUGUUUAAUUUUUUUCUCAUGUUUGAUUGUCCUUUUUAGUCUGUGCUCCAGCAUGAAAGACUGGGUUUUAUUUAAACUAGUUAGAAUUUAUCUAUCUGUAUGAUAGUAAUUGCCUAACCAUAUUUUAUUUUAAAUAAAAUAUUUCUCUAGUAGCUUCACAAUUAGGUACAAUAA